AUGCAUGCAUGCUCUGGUGAGACCCCCCAUUCAGGCAAUCCCUUGAGAAUUGCAGAGAAGAUGCUGCCCAAAAAUUCCGUUGCAGCCCCCGCAUCAUUAGGCAACGGUGCAUUGGAAAACGGCCUAAGCAGAACUUCAUCUGCGGCAUCCUCUGCUCGUGAAGAUUCGUUGGGUGUUGAAAGGGCCGCUAAUUGCAGUAGGAAAAGAGCUGCUGCUGAUUUCCAGUUUUUUGAAUGUAUUGGUGAAGGUUCUUAUUCAAAAGUGUAUCGUGCGAUGUCCAAGAAUAACAUGCACAUCUAUGCCAUUAAAGUUCUAAGCAAACAACAUAUUCAGAAAGAAAAAAAGAGAAAGUACGUAACAAUUGAGAAAAACACCCUAAAUGUAUUGGGAAAACACCCUGGUAUAGUCACAUUAUAUUACACCUUUCAAGAUCCUCAAAGCCUAUAUUUUGUUAUUGAUUAUGCUCGAAACGGUGAGUUUUUGAUGCUGAUACAUAAGCUAGGAAGUCUUAGUCUUGAGCUAACGUUUUAUUAUACUCUACAACUAAUUGAUACCGUAAUAUUCAUCCAUGAUAAAGGCAUCAUACAUCGAGAUCUGAAACCUGAAAAUAUACUACUCAGCAAAGACUGGAAAAUCAUGAUAACAGAUUUCGGAGCUGCAAAGUUUGUCGAUAGAAACGAUCCAGCUGGUACUGCAAAAGAGGAUUUGAUUGUGGGAGACUCGAACGGCUCCUUUGUCGGAACAGCAGAGUAUGUAUCACCAGAAUUAUUGAAAUACAACCAUUCAAGCUUUUCUAGUGAUUUUUGGUCUCUAGGCUGUAUCAUUUAUCAGAUGAUUAUCGGGAGACCUCCUUUCAAGGCAUCCAAUGAAUAUGCUACAUUUGAGAAAAUUGUGGAUGCAAACUAUACAUUCCCAGAUCCUAAAAUAUACCCGAUUCCAAGUGCGGUGGUAAACUUGAUUGAGAAUCUAUUAUUAGAAGACCCGCAACGCAGACUGGGUAAAGAGAACAUCAAACAUCAUUCCUGGUUCAAACAUGUUGAUUGGGAAAAUAAAGCAAAAAUAUGGGGCAAGGUUCCAAAAUUUGACUCUUAUAAACCAGAAAAGUACUUUAAGAAAACGAAUGCACAACAAACACCAUCUACAAAUACCAAGCCUGUUCUGCUUACCUACCAAGGAACUUAUCGAUAUACCGAAAAUAGCUAUGCUGACAACAAGCCCAGUACUUUAUUGAAGAGGCAAAUUAUCAAAGCUCAAGGGAACAAUCAGUUGAUGAAUAAAAUUAUAAAUAACAGAAUCGACGAAAAAGAUAAGUCAAUUACUAAAAAAUUGAUUGAAUCAAAUGAUGAUCACAAUGACCCGCUUUCAAGCUUGAAAGUAGUAGAAAAAAGAAUAAGCAAAUCCCCUAAGUUACCAGUACAAGAUACGGUUCCACUGACUAAAACUGAUUCUUUGUCACACGUUUCCACCUCAACUAUUGUUCCUCACCCAAAGAAUUUGCAGCAAACUGUGGCUAUGGUGAAGAAACCAAUUCUCAAAGCUAAUCGUAGUUCGGUAGAUUCUGCAAAAUCAGUUGUUACAGUUAAUUCGUCUAGAUCGGUAAUUAUCAGAAAAAAUCCUAAUACGAAGUCUUCUCAAAUUACAUCAUUCUCCCAAAGUACUGGUAUGAAACCUACCAAAAAGACCCUCGAUUCAAAGCAAACAGAUACGAAGGUAUUAACAAGCGGAUUGCCACCACCAGUGGGGUUGGCCGUGAAGGAACAACCACUUCAAGCUAAAUACCAAAAGAAAGAAUCCCAAGAAAGGAGAUCCCGCAAAAAAGCGCCAACUAAUUCUUCUAGUAUAACAAAACCCGAACAAUUUAUUCCAAGAAGGGUUCCAUCGUCUGAUGCAGCGGCUGCUGCCGGGGCCGUCGGUACACUAUUAACACAUAAUAGACAUUUGAAUUUGAUAUCCAGUACAAGUGCACAAUAUAAACAGUUGCAAAUGCAUCAGAACCAAUUGAUUAAUCCAGUUUUACUGGACAAACAGAUUCCAUAUGUUAUUACAUCUAAACUCAUGAUUAAUGAAAGUAUCCUAAAAUUGGAUAAUAUAUUUAAAUCAGAAUUAGGUCAUAAACCUAAGCAGUUUGUCAACCCAGGCGAAACGCUCAAUCAUACUAUUCUUGAGCGAAUCAUUCAUAAGUACGACCGGGAUCUUGUCAAAGAUAUGAAGUCAUGCAUUAUGGUUGUAACAACUAUGGCUAGAAUUUUCAUUUAUGAACUAAAUGACAACUUUCAGUUGAGGGGACCGCAAAGUGCUACCCAGAUUCAGGCUCAAAACUUCUAUCAAAAAGUCACAGAAAUUAAACUUACAAACAGGAAUGUCAGUUUGUACGACUACGAGUUUGACGAAGAAAUUAACGAAGGAUAUUUAAUUUUAGAGUUGAGCAACGUUAAUAAGCUGGUCUUUUUAAGUGCUUGGGACCGAAGCAGACUUAUGAAGGGAGGAUUAAACUCAAACGUUAGAGUAGGUUUUCGGGUGAAUGAGACUGAAAGUUGGGUUGAUUCAUUUCUACAUGCGAAAAGUUUACUCAAAAGAAGGGAAAACGAACCAAAGGGGAAGUUGGAAAACAACAAUGUAUUAAAAAGCUCCAAAUCUAGUUCAACCAUGGGAGUACAAGGGUCAUUCAGAAAGUUGAAGCUGAAUACACAAUCAAGAAUCCGUUCUUUUUCUAACUCUUCUAAGGAAAAUGCGUUUUCAGCAUCAAAUAUCUCUCCUCCGUCUUCUAAUACAAGCGACAACGGUAAUCCAGAAUCACAUAAUAAUAGUUUAAUAAAUGGUGUUAAUAAACUGGCCCUAGGGAUGAAAAGUAGUUUUAAGAAAGACAACGAGCGUGGUUAA